GGUCAACCGCCGCGUCUUAUCGGGCGUUUCAGUCUCAUGGGUGCCGGCGACUUUGCCUGCACGAGCAACACGACGGCGUCGUGGACGACGUUCCCACUGCCGUCGCCACCCUCGUUGGCCCAAGUCUCGGUUGCAUGUCAACGUCUCUGCGAUACGUUUCUGCUGCUGCAGGCGCCGACGCCCGCGACACGGCUCGUCGCGGUGCAAUGCGACGGUGUCCUCAGCGGCUCAGCGUGCAUCGUGCGCGAGUCGGUGGCCGACUGCCUCGCGCUCUGCAACGGCCUCCGCGUCUUGCAGCUCGCCACCGACACCACAUCGUCGUCGUCGCUCGUGUCCAUGUCGACAGCCAAGUCGCUCUUCGCCAGUGCGAUCGCGCUCACGGUCGUUUGCGGUGUAGCCGUUGGACUGUACAAGACGUACCGCGUGUUGCGCGCGCGACGGCUCGUGGCGUCCCUCCACGCGUUCUCGCGGCAGUUCAAACGUAUGGACUCGAUGGUGCAGGCACUCUCUUGGCACCCACGAGGCGCCCACCUCGACACGGACGUCCAGACGCUGCGGUGGGAGCAGGACGUCGCCAAGUGGGUGCGCGCGAACGCCGAAGUGGCCUUCUACACCAACCAAGUCGCAGCGUUUACAAGCACCAAAGACGCGUUUCUCAACGACCUCUACCACCGCCUCGACACUCUUGUCGAAGACGACCGCGAGGUUGCGUCGUUUGUCUCGGUGUUGCCAGCGUACCAAGCGCAAAUCCGGAUUCUCUUGGACGAGUGCGACGCCAACGACAACCGCCUGCGGGACCACCUCGACGGGGCGUGGCGCCGGCGUCUCGACAGCGCGCCCCAUUUGGCCGACGCGCCGAGCGUGAUGCAAAUGCAAACCGACGAGCGCCGCCUGCUGGAAGAUACGCUGGCGUACCAGCGCAGCCGGCUCUUGGCCGAAAUUGAACUCACGUGGACACCGUCGACGACGCCGAUGCGCAAGGUCGUCGAGAUGCAGGGCUGCGUCGCGCUCGCCGAGCUCGUGACGACGUAUGCGCAGACGUGGGCGGCGUUCAACGAGAGCGUUUUGCGGGACACCGAUGUGCACGUGCGCCGGCUCCACGAAGCGAUGCGCGACGGCAACGGCCGGUCGUUCAUGGAGGCCAUCUGGAACGACCUCACGACGCUGCUGCCGACCGACGACAAUGCGGUCGUCGACGCCGACGGCAGCUCGCCGCUGCGGUCGCUCUCGCCCAACGACGCGGCUGGUGGCGACAGCAUGGACCAAGACGCGAUCGAUGCCCUUGCCGACUCGCAGGCCGCCGCGCUCCAAGCCGAAUACGAAGCGCAGCUCGCAGCGCUUGCGGCAGCGCAGGACGCCGAGCUUCUCGCGCUGCGUUCGCAGCUCGAGAAGGCGACGACCCACCGCGUCGUGGAUCGGCUGCGAGCCAAGACGCAAGAUAAUUCUAGUACAUCGCUCGACGCCAAAGUCCGCGCCCACGAAGCGGCCUGUGUCAAAGAGCGGACGAAUGCGCUCCGCGUGGCCGAGAUGGCGGCGGCGCAGGCGGCAGCCGCCAAGCGCCGGCUCGCGCUCCAGCAACAGCACGACCUCGACGCGCUCAAAGCGGCCAACGAAGCCGAGACGCAAAAGCUCAACGAGGAGCUUGCGACCGAGCAGGCGACGCACCAAGCACGGCUCCUCGCACGGGUCAAUCCGGUCGACGCCGUCGAAGCCGAGUCGAGCGAAGCCAUCGUAGCACUCCAAGAAGAGCGCACCGAGCUCGCAACGGCGCAAACCGCGCUCGCCGCCGAGCUGACGCAGGCCAGCGAGAACGAGGCCACGCUGAUAGCGCUGCACGAAGCCCAUGCCCGCGAAGCAGCUCGCGUCGCCACCGAGUUGGAGGCCGAGAAGGCGGCGCAUCAAGCGCGAUUGGACGCUCGCCUGGCACAACGCCGACAACGGGCCCACGACACGCCGGCGGGCGGCGCGCCGGCAGACGACACUCUGGACACGGACGACGACGAGCCGCCGCCGCCGGUCCUUGCGGCGCUCGAGCAAGAGCACAUGGAGCUCCAAGCGCAGAUCGCGUCGGACGCCGAGCAGCUCAGCGCGGCCGCAGCCGCCAAGGCGCGUCUCGAAGCCAUGCAGGCCGAGAACGCGGCCGACCGCGCCCGAUUGGACGACGAAUUGCAGCAAGAGCAAGCGACGCAUGACGCGCGGUUGCAGGCACGACUCCAAAAGAAGCACGCAAAAAAAGUGGCUGCACCGACGCCGACCAGCGUGGUCGACGACCACAGUGCGACCGUGGCCGCCCUCCUCGCCGCGAGCGAAGUCGACCGCGCGCGGCUUGCCCAGUUGGCGGCCGACGAGAGCGAGUCCAAGCACGCACAGCUCAUGGCGCGGCUCGAAGAGAAGAAGCGGCGCCACAACGCCCCGUCGACCGAGAACCAGCGACUUGCCAAAAAGUUGGCCGACGUCGAGCAGCGAAAGCAGGCGCUGCGACAGGCCGAGGAAGCGCUCGCCAAGCAAGCCCAGGCGAGUGCGAUCGAGGCCAUGGCGGCCGAAGCCGCGUACACCAAGUUCAUUGCCUCCCGCCCGGUGGCCGCCCCCGCGACGUUUGAGAAGGCGCUCGCAGACCUCGUGGCCCACGAAGCCGACGACGUGACGCUCGAGCAAAUCCAAAUCAUCGAGGCGUUUAGCAAGGUGCUCGAAGCGCGCUACAAGGAGCGCGCGGCCAAGAAGAAGACGCAUGCGGGCAAGGUCAUGGUCGAGCGAUGACGGUGGCCAUAUUGCUAGUGCUCCAACACGAUUCUCGUCUAAUAGUCCUGUACAUAACUGCAAAAUACCUGCACGCACUACGGAC